CCCUCUCAGCCCAUUGAAUUUGAAUAGUGGGUAUUUGGGCCUGUGUGUGGCUCCUGAAUGGAGCUUGGAUCUACUAGAUGCUUCGCUACUGUUUUGUGCGUGCGGGCGCACAGGCACUGGGCAGCUUUGUGAGGGUGAAUGAAGUUCAGAAGCUUAGGUAACCUUCUGGCACUUUGGAGUGGAUUCCAGUCAGGACAAAUGUGAGGCCUGGAGCAGGUAUACGUGUAUAUGUGCUUGAGUGUGAAUCUAGAUGGAGGGAGAGGGUGAGAGGAGGGAGAGGUAGAGAGACAGGGCAAAGCUGCUGGUUCCUGUGAAGAGAAGGGAGCUUUUUAAUCAUCUUCUCAUCCUCUCUCCUUCAGAUAGAAAGUCACAUCUCCUCUUUUCAGGAUAAAUACUUUUGAGAUGUCUUUCAUAUUGGCAGCUCUUGACAAACUGACUUAUUUUUUGUCUCUGAUAGCCUUUUGUAUCAGUUUGUAUUAUAGCUGGCUGAAAUGAGUUAAUUCAUCUGAUCUGAUCUGGGUUUGGAAUUCUUUUUGACAUUUUAGGCGAUUGCACGUGGAUUGUGACAGCUUUUUAGUUUGGGAUGCAUCAUUGAUAUGCCUCAGCUCCUGAACUGACCACUCAUUGUUACUGGUAAAAAACAAACUCCUAUGAGAAUAAGAGGAUGCCACAACACUGUGUGCUGAGGAUAUGCCACAUUCUGCUACUGGCACCCUGCAUUUUUUCCAGCGAAGACUUUGACUGGACCAAGAACGAAAAGGGGUCAUUUCAGUAUGGAACAUUUCCUUCAGGAUUCUCUUGGGGUGCUGGCAGUUCAGCAUACCAAACAGAGGGAGCAUGGGAUAAAGAUGGAAAAGGAAAGAGCAUCUGGGAUGUGUUCUCCCACAAGAGAGGGAAAACAGACCGGAAUGACACCGGUGACUCAUCCUGUGAUGGCUAUUAUAAAAUCAAGGAUGAUAUCUCACUGAUGAAAGACAUGAAGCUGAACCACUAUCUCUUUUCCAUCUCCUGGCCAAGGAUUCUGCCCAGUGGCAUUAAAACUAAAUACAUCAAUGAGAAAGGGAUAGAGCACUAUGAUAACAUGAUUAAUAUGCUUCUGGAGAACAGAAUCACACCGAUUGUGACGCUCUACCACUGGGACUUACCUCAGGUUCUGGAGGAGAAAUAUGGAGGUUGGCAAAAUGAAAGUAUGAUCAACUUCUUCAACGAUUUUGCCAACCUGUGCUUUGAGAGAUUUGGCAAUCGAGUCAAAUACUGGAUCACCUUCAACAAUCCUUGGUCUGUUGCAGUAGAGGGUUAUGAGACUGGAGAACAUGCUCCUGGUCUGAAGAUGAGGGGUACUGGUGCCUAUAAUGCUGCCCACAACAUCAUUAAGGCUCAUGCUAAGGUCUGGCACACAUACGACGCCCAAUGGCGAAACAAGCAGAAAGGUAUGGUGGGCAUCUCCCUGUCAGCAGACUGGGGAGAACCAGUGGAUGUCACCAAUCAGCAAGAUAUAGAAGCCGCUGAAAGAUAUGUUCAGUUCUACUUGGGAUGGUUUGCCACGCCACUCUUUAAUGGAGACUAUCCUCAAAUAAUGAAAGACUACAUAGGUAGGAAGAGUGCCCAGCAGGGCCUGAGUAGCUCUCGCCUGCCUACUUUCAGCCCUCACGAGAAAAGUUACAUCAGAGGCACUUGUGACUUCCUUGGCAUCAGCCACUUCACCACACGCUACAUCACACAAAAGAACUUUCCCUCCAACCGUGGAAACAGCUACUUCACUGACCGUGACCUGGCUGAGCUGGUGGACCCACAGUGGCCUGACCCUGGAUCAGAGUGGCUCUAUGCUGUGCCAUGGGGCUUCAGCCGUCUGCUCAGCUUUGUAAAGACACGGUAUGGAGACCCCAUGAUUUACGUGACAGGAAAUGGAGUAUCGGAGAAGAUGAUGUGCACAGAACUGUGUGAUGAAUGGAGAAUGCAGUACUUCAGGGAUUACAUAAAUGAAAUGUUUAAAGCGGUUAAAGAUGGAGUUAAUGUGAAAGGCUACACAGCUUGGUCGCUGCUUGACAAGUUUGAGUGGGAUGAGGGCUACUCUGAAAGAUUUGGCCUGUACUAUGUGGAUUUUGGGAGCAAAAAUAAACCACGCUACCCAAAAGCAUCAGUUCAGUACUACAAGCGCAUCAUCAGCUCGAAUGGUUUCCCCAAUCAGAGAGAGAUUGAAAGCUGGAAAAGAAAGGCACUGGAAACAUGCACCUCAAGUAACCAGCUCCUUGCGGCAGCUAGAAGAAAAUCCAAGGAAAAUAAGGAACAUGCAGAUAUGCCAAAGGUUUGGCCUGUGCAUGAUGAAGUUUAGGUACAGGGCCGAAAUAUUGCUAUUUUUGGAGAUCCACUGAUCAGCCACAUGGAGAUGGUCACGGAGAUUGUCGUCCCCACUGUGUGCACUCUCUGCAUUCUCCUCAGUGCAGUUUUUCUCAUGUUUUUGCUGAGAACACGGAUAUUAAACUGACUGCCUCACA